CUGCACUCCAGCAUCGAUCGGCCGGACAGCGAGUGACCUGUCGAGAUGGCCGACAACAGGGAUAAGGCGACCGACCAAAUGAAGACGUGGAAGGAGAGCAGACUGCAGCAGAAGCCAGACAUCCUGACCACAGCAGCCGGCCACCCCGCCGGGGACAAGCUGAACCUGCUGACGGUGGGACCGAGGGGCCCUUUGCUCGUCCAGGAUGUGGUCUUCACGGAUGAGAUGGCCCACUUUGACCGGGAACGAAUCCCAGAGAGAGUGGUGCACGCCAAAGGGGGAGGGGCGUUUGGCUACUUUGAGGUGACUCAUGACAUCACCCGCUACUGCAAGGCCAAAGUGUUUGAGCACGUGGGCAAGACGACUCCCAUCGCCAUCCGCUUCUCCACCGUGGCCGGCGAAUCAGGAUCAGCAGACACGGUGCGAGACCCCCGAGGCUUCGCCGUCAAGUUUUACUCUGAGGAGGGCAACUGGGACCUGACGGGCAACAACACCCCCAUUUUCUUCAUCAGGGACGCCAUGCUGUUCCCGUCCUUCAUCCACUCCCAGAAGCGCAAUCCCCAGACCCACUUGAAAGACCCCGACAUGGUGUGGGACUUCUGGAGCCUGAGGCCGGAGAGUCUGCAUCAGUUGUCCUUCAUGUUCAGCGAUCGAGGUUUGCCUGACGGGUUCCGCCACAUGAACGGCUACGGCUCCCACACCUUCAAGCUGGUCAACGCCGAAGGCGAGCCCUGCUACUGCAAGUUCCACUUCAAGACUGAUCAAGGCAUAAAGGAUCUGUCGGUAGAGGAGGCGGAGCGCCUGGCAUCCACCAACCCCGACUACGCCAUCGCAGACCUGUUCAACGCCAUCGCCAACGGCAACUGCCCAUCCUGGACGUUCUUCAUCCAGGUCAUGACCUUCGAGCAGGCUGAGCAGUGGCAGUUCAACCCCUUCGAUGUCACCAAGGUUUGGCCACACAAAGAAUUCCCUUUGAUCCCUGUGGGGAAAAUAGUGCUGAACAGCAACCCAGUCAACUACUUUGCCGAGGUGGAGCAGCUGGCCUUUGACCCCAGCAACAUGCCACUGGGCAUCGAGCCGAGCCCCGACAAGAUGCUGCAGGGUCGUCUCUUCGCCUACCCGGACACGCACCGACACCGGCUCGGAGCCAACUACCUGCAGAUCCCCGUGAACUGCCCCUACAGGACCCGGGUGGCCAACUACCAGCGCGACGGUCCGAUGUGCAUGUUUGACAACCAAGGUGGCGCUCCAAACUACUAUCCCAACAGCUUCAGUGCCCCACAGACCCAGCCUCAGUUUCUGGAGUCCAGGUUCAAGUUGUCUGCAGAUGUGGCUCGCUACAACAGCUCAGACGACGACAAUGUCACACAGGUUCGCACCUUCUACUUGGAGGUCCUGAACAAUGCGCAGCGCCAGAGACUUUGCCAGAACAUAGCCGGGUCCCUGAAGGGAGCCCAGCUCUUCAUCCAGAAACGCAUGGUUGAGAACCUGAAGGCCGUCCACCCGGACUACGCGAGCCAGGUUCAGGCGCAUCUCGACAAGCACAACGCCGAGGCCAACCAGAGCGCAGCCGUGUACAGCCGUCCAGGCGCCACGGCCAUCGCCGCGUUCUCCAAGAUGUGAGGACUCGAACGUCCGCCUCUUCCGUUCAUCUCACUUUCGGGAUCACCGACUGAAGCGCUCACCCCGUCGGGUUCAGUCGGACGGGGUUCGUGUUUUUUUUCCUCCAACGUUUCAAAUAUCAUGUCAUCUCCGUUUUCAAGUGCUCAACUUUUAACACAUAAAGGCCUUAAAUACUAAUUUUAUCUCAUUUACAUGUGUGUUUGGUUGCAUUUAAUCAAUUAACCCCAGCUGCUGCUGAGCACUAUCACAGGCGAUGAUUGCGUCCGAUAAGUUAAACUCAGGUUUCCUGCGAUGUCCUGAUGACCCUUUUUAAAGGAAUCCAGCUCUUCUCAAAGUCUUCUGGCAACAUGAGUCUUCAGUCUAUGUUAUGAUUAGUAAGAAUACCUUGAUUUGUGACGCAGGUUAAGCUCCUGGCGGUGCUUUUUAAUGAGCGAUGAUCAGUUUUGGCUAUUUUUCUGGACAUAAUUCAGAAAUGGGUGUUUUUAUUUGAAUGAGUAGAAAUGGCAAAGGAAAACCCUCGUCCGUCUUAUUAUUAGCUUAUUCCUUGUAUAUGUAAUGGAUGAAGAGCAAGGUUCACGAUGAGGAGUUAUUCACAUUACAGCUAAAACAAUAGUGCCUUUUUUGUGUGGAUUAAAACUACCAAAUACAGAUGAUUUUGACCUUAAACGAGAGAAAUCCGUUCUGAUUUGCCUUCAGUUUGAUGUCUUAGUUAUAACAUUCAGAAGAGACCGUCAAUAGAUGCUAAUGUUUAUUAAAGGUGUAAAUUAAAAGUAAAUCUACAUUGAGUAAUAAGUUCUGGUCUGAAAUGGUAAAAUGUGGUUUAGCUGCAGAGGAGCUAAAUUAUUUCAGUUUAAAGCCAUCAUAUCCGUCACAAAGUAUCACGAAUCGUCCAUGUGACAUAACAUGCUUUGUUUUUCUUAUUAAUUAAAAUUAAAAUGAACCUUU